CCCCCGACGUAUAUAAUGUUCCCGCCGUGGCGGCGGGGAGCCAGGCAGGGCAUGGCGGCGGCGGGGGGCGCAGCGAGCCGCAGGGGCCCCGGGCGGCCCUGCCCCUUUUCCAUCGAGCACAUUCUCUCCAGCCGGCCAGAGCGGAGCCCCCCGGCCCGCGCCGCGCGACCGCCGCAGCCCGCCGGCCGCCCGAGCCCCGCGCAGCCCGGCGAGCCGGGGACGCCGGAGGCCGCGCCCUGCGCCUGCUGCUGCUGCUGCGGCCCUCGCGCCGCGCCCCGCGGGCCCCCGGAGCCGGUCGCCGGGCUGGGCUCGCGCCUGCCGUGGCCGCUGAGGCUGGGACCCGCCGCGCCCCUGCGCUUGGCGGCGCCGCCGGACGGCUCCGGGGCGCUGCCCAGCGCCGGGGGGCCCGGCCCGCAGCGGCGCACGCGGCGCCACCGCACCAUCUUCAGCGAGGAGCAGCUGCAGGCGCUGGAGGCGCUCUUCGUGCAGAACCAGUACCCCGACGUGGGCACGCGCGAGCGCCUGGCCGGCCGCAUCCGCCUGCGCGAAGAGCGCGUGGAGGUCUGGUUCAAGAACCGUCGGGCCAAGUGGCGACAUCAGAAGCGCGCGUCCGCGUCCGCCAGGCUUCUGCACGGGGUCAAGAAGUCCCCCAAGGAGAGCUGCUGAGGAGCCUGGUCCCAGGACAGACGACCGACCUACCCUAACCGCGG